AUGCUUCCCGAUCUGCGCGCAAAGCGCGCAAAUGGUGCUCCCCCACUUUCUGACUUCACAAGAGAAUAUGCGCAAUCGCUUGAUGCGCAGGAUCCUCUACGUCACUUCCGACAGGAAUUUCUCAUCCCCUCGAAAAAUGAUCUGAAGAAGAAGACCUUGGCUCUACCGAAUGGAUAUAACGAGGAGGCCGAGGAAAGAUCCAUCUAUCUAUGCGGGAACUCCCUUGGAGUCCAGCCCCGCAAUGUUCGCAAGUAUAUUGACCACUAUUUGCGAGCGUGGGCCAUCAAGGGUGUGACGGGACAUUUUGUAUCGCAUGAUGACCAGCUGCUUCCACCCUUUGUCAACGUUGACGAGGCUGGGUCGAAGUUGAUGGCGCCGAUUGUUGGAGCUCACCCUGAAGAGGUUGCCGUGAUGGGUACGCUGACAGCGAACCUGCACCUGCUGAUGGCGAGCUUCUACAAGCCUACUAAGGAGCGAUACAAGAUCAUCAUCGAGGGCAAAGCAUUUCCAAGUGAUCAUUACGCCGUUGAGUCUCAGAUCAAACACCACGAUCUUCGCCCAGAAGACGCCAUGGUUCUCAUCGAGCCCCAAAACUCCAAAUUCCCCACCUUGCCCACCGAGCAAAUCCUUCGUGUCAUUGAUGAGCAUGCCUCGAGUACAGCUGUAAUUCUUCUCUCUGCCAUCCAAUUUUACACUGGGCAGUAUUUCGACAUCAAGAAGAUCACCGCGUAUGCCCAGUCGAAGGGCAUUUUGGUUGGCUGGGAUUGCGCCCAUGCGGCCGGCAACGUGGACCUGCUAUUGCAUGACUGGAACGUGGACUUUGCUGCAUGGUGUACCUACAAGUACCUCAACAGCGGUCCUGGCUGUAUGGCGGCCCUUUUUGUCCACGAGAAGCACGGCAAAGUAGACAGGGAUAAGAUUGGCACUGCAGAGCAACCCUUCCGCCCGCGGUUGUCAGGUUGGUGGGGAGGAGACAAGCAGACGCGGUUCCUGAUGGAAAACAACUUCGUUCCUCAGACAGGUGCCGCAGGCUACCAGCUCUCGAACCCGUCGGUUCUGGAUCUAAGUGCGCUUGCGGCCUCCCUCGAACUUUUCAACCGGACUUCGAUGGCGCAGAUCCGAAAGAAGUCCCUGCAGAUAACGGCAUACUUGGAACAACUCCUUCUGGAGUACCCGUCCGAGUCGCUUCCAGAGAGACCGUUCAAUAUAAUCACACCCUCGAAUCCAGCAGAGCGGGGUGCUCAACUCAGUCUGCGCUUGUCACCGGGUCUUCUCGACGGCGUUCUCGAAGUUCUGGAAAAGCACGGUGUUGUGAUAGAUGAACGGAAGCCAGACGUCAUUCGAGUGGCGCCUGCGCCUAUGUACAACUCGUACGUCGAUGUGUGGGAGUUUUGUCAGGUCUUUCUGAAGGCCUGUCAGCAGGCUUUGGACGCCCGUAAGUGA